AACUCAAAAUUAAUGGGACGAGUCAAGAGGCGACAGUUUUGUCGAGAAAAUCAAAUUACACUUCAUUCCGUUUUGUUUCCGUGUAAAUCUGUGAAAUGGAGCAGCCGAUUAAUAAAAUGCGUUACUAUCUCAAGGAUGAGGUGGUGUCGCAUAAUAAGAAGGACGACUGCUGGGUGAUUAUACACACGAAUAUCUUCGAUUUGACGCCCAUGUUGAAGGAUCGCUUGGAUCACUGGAAUCGCACCCUGGACUAUCUGGUGGCCCAUGCUGGCAAGGACCUGACCCACUUUUUCCACGAGAACGGAGAGCCUCGAACGGAAAUAUCCCCAAGUACUGGAAGACCACGAGUCCUUUUUCCUCCCAUUUUGGAGGUUGCCAUCUCGGAGUUCUCCAAAACGCCGGGAGCCAUGUGGAGCCAGGAUCCUUUCUACCACAUCGGCAGGGUCACAAAGCGUCCUAGGCUAAUAAGGAUAUUAAAUACGCUCACUGCACAAACGCAAUACAUGACCGUUUGCAAUGAGGAUAGUAUCUACGAUAUCCAGCAGAAGUACAAGCAAAGAUACAACCACCAUGCAGGAAGUUACGAGUGGCGGAAGUUCUCGAAUGGGGGCAUAAGCUGUAGUGUUCUGGAUCUGAAUGGCACCCUGGAUGAAAACGGACUGAUUGACGAGGAGGACAGCACCUUUGAGUUGCCACCGCCUUCCAUCUGGCUCUACUACACAGAUGACAUUACAAUUGCUUGAUUCUGCUUGCCAUUAAUUGUUAUUGAAAAUUUGUUGUGCUGUUUGGCUGGGCGAGUAAAGCUCAUUUCAGGCUA